AUGAUGGGCAACUCUUACGCAAUGAAUGUGGCCUCCUUCCGUGGCGACAUCAACAUGGCACUCGGCGCUGGCAUCGACGGCUUUGCCCUCAACGUUGGCCCCGACGCUUGGAUGGCUGAUCGCGUCAACCAGAUGUACGCUGCUGCACAGGGAACUCCCUUCAAGCUCUUCAUCUCCCUCGACAUGGCCGUCAUGGCUGACCAGUCCAUCUCGGGCCUCACCCACUGGAUCACUGACUUUGCUCAGCACCCCAACCAGUACUUUUACCAAAACAAGCAGUUUGUCUCUACCUUUGCUGGAGAGAGCGUUACCUUUGGCCAAGGCUCCGCCAAUGCUGGUUGGUCGAACUUCAAGAACACGCUUGCAGGCAUGGGUAACCCUAUCUACUUUGUUCCUUCGUUCACGGCCCUCGGCGCCUCAGCUGCCAUGGGUAUGUCCUCCAACGAUGGCGCCUUCUCCUGGGAUGCAUGGCCCACCUCCAACAACGCCAUGUCGACCGCUUCUGACAACGCCUACAUGAGCGCCCGCAACGGCAAGACCUACAUGGCUGGUGUCUCUCCAUGGUUCUACACCCACUUCUCCUACAAGAACUGGAUCUACAAGUCGGACGACCUCUUCACCACCCGUUGGGAGCAGGUUGUUGCCAUGCAACCCGACUUCUUGGAGAUCAUCACCUGGAACGACUAUGGAGAGUCGUCCUACAUUGGUCCCCUCAAUGCCGACUUCCCAUACGACUCUACCCUGAACUCUCGUCAAUGGUGCACUGGUCACGAGCACACUGCUUGGCUCGAGCUCUCUUCCUACUACAUCCAGGCCUACAAGAACGCCGCCUACCCAGCUAUCACACAAAACAAGCUCUUCUGGUGGUACAGGACGCACUCCAAGGAUGCCACUGCCACAUCUGACCCAUACGGCAAGCCCACCAACUGGGACAGCUCCGCCGACAACAUUUUCCUUACAGUCAUGCUCACUGGUUCAGCGACUGUGACUGUCACAUCGGGUGGCUCUUCGCAAACUUUCACCGGUACUGCUGGACUCAACAAGUUCCAGUACAAGAACUUCCAGACUGGCACACCAUCGGUGCAAAUCGACAUGGGUGGCCGGACUGUGCUCAAUGCGCAAGGACCUCAGCCCAUUGUGUCCAACCCGACAAUCUACAACUGGAACCCAGUUGCCGCGUCUUCUUCCUUCUAG